UUCAUGUCCGUUCAUUAGUGGUUAGCGGAGCAGCUAAACAUUGAACAUUAAAUCGGAAUUCACUGGGACUUUUUGUUGGGUUAAUCAGCUCUAAUGUGUCUCAGUGUUCCGGUACCGACAGACGGAGUUCUUCCCGCCUUGUGACACCGAACCGGAGCUUUUGUCUCAGGUGAUCAUUUAGCGGAGACAUUUCUGACAGAGAAGCAGUGGAACGCUGCUGUUCAUCCUGGGUUUUAGGUACAUCAGAGGCAUGAUGGAGUUGGCAGAAGAGACACAAGGUAUAGUUGACCAGACAACUGAAAGUUCUUUGGAUGAUGGAAUCCUUACCCCAUCAAAUACUUUCACUGAAGUGAACAACAUUGAAAUACACCAACUUACGCGCAGUGGAGAGAAGCUGUUUGUCUGUGACCAAUGUGGGAAGGUUUUCAACCAAGCUUUCACUCUUAGAAUACACCGCCGCAUUCACACUGGAGAAAAACCAUACAGCUGUGACUUCUGUGAAAAAACUUUCACCCAAGCAAUCACCCUCAGAAUACACAGACGCAUUCACACUGGAGAGAAACCAUAUAUCUGUGACCAGUGUGGAAAGCUGUUUAGCAACACAGGCAGCCUCAGAACACACCAACGCACCCACACUGGAGACAAACCUUAUCACUGCUAUGAGUGUGGAAAGGCGUUCAUCAAAAUGGUCCACCUCAGAACACACCGACUGAUCCACACCGGUGACAAACCCCACAGCUGUGACCAGUGUGGGAAGGCGUUCACUACUGUGAGCAGCCUUAGAAAACAUAAAGUCAUACACACGGGAGAGAAGCCAUACACCUGUGACUACUGUGGGAAGGGUUUUACACAAGAGUACAACCUCAAAACACAUCGGCGGAUACACACAGGAGAAAAACCGUACGGUUGUGACCAGUGUGGGAAGGCUUUCACCACAGCAGCUGAUCUCAGAACACACCAACGUUUCCACUCUGGAGAAAAACCAUAUAUUUGUGCCCAGUGUGGGAAGGCAUUCACCACAGUGAGUGAUCUCAGAUCCCAUGAACGCAUCCACAGUGGAAAAAAAUUGUACAGCUGUGACCAGUGUGGGAAGGCAUUCUGUCAGGUGAACAGCCUCAGAACACACAAACGUAUUCACACUGGAGAAAAACCAUACAGAUGUGACCUGUGUGAGAAAACAUUUGCCAAAGCAGGUGACCUAAGAUCACAUGAACGGAUCCAUAGAGGAGAAAAACCAUACCACUGUGACCACUGUGGGAAGGCUUUUACCAAAAGGAGCUACCUCAAACUACACCAACACAUCCACACAGGGGAGAAACCAUACUGCUGUGACCAAUGUGGAAAGGACUUCAGAUCUUCAUCAGAAUUACGUGAUCACUGCCUUAGUCACACCAAGGAGCUGGUGAUCCCAUGUGAGGUGUGUGGGAAAAUAUUUUGGUCGCGCUCUACUUUGCGCAGUCACCAGCGCACCCACAGCGGGGGGCAGAGUUAUCAGUGUGGACUCUGCGAGAAAGCAUUUGCCACAACAUCUCAGCGUGCCAAACAUGAAUGUGCCUACAAACCGUUAGACUCUCCUUUUACUGAUGAUUUGCCUCAUGAAGGCUGUGAGGUAUGACAAAAAAUUAGUUAUGUGAUGUUGUGUAUUCUACAUCCACAUUAAGAAACAUGAAAAACAGUUUUUGUCAAUUCAGUGAGUAGAAGUCUAUUCCUCACAAGGGGUUAAAACAUCAGUGAAUAUGGAACUUUGUUGUUUCUGUUAGAAUUGAUGACAUCAAUGGUCUUACUAUUAUUAUUUGUAUAUCUUUGACAGUACAAGUGCUUGUGAGGAUUAAACUGAAGGUGGUCCAAAGUUCAGCUUUUAGUGGGAGUUAAUGGCCUUCAAACUAUUUUUAAGACACUGCAAUAUAUUAAAACUACAUAGGCUGUUAGAGAUAACACAGAUAACCCACAAACUGUACAUCUCACAUAUGGCUGUUUUCCAUCCACAUGACCUUUGGAUAGACUUGACUCACCUGGAAGCUAUAUUUGCACAAUCCAGUCAGAUUUUGCUUGAAUAAUUAGUUUUCAACAGCAAACCUGGACAUUUGUCAAACAUGGGUUAUUAACUCCAUGUAAUUGUGUGAAGGUUUUAACUUAAAUGUGCCUCUUUUAUGAGAUUAAUAGCCUCUUAAGCCUAGUUGCCAUAGUUCCGUCUGUGUUGCCAUGGUAACACUAUCUGACAUGUAUAAAUAUAUACACGCUAUACAUCCAUGAAACCAGAAGAACAUCAGCUAAAAGCCCAACAAAACCAAUUAUCAUAAAAUAGAACACAACUCAAACAAGCACUCAAAUGGUCAAAUCUGUAAACCACUCUAACAGUCGGAGAUCAGCAUAUAUCAUGAAUUAUUUAAUAGAACAAAAGACAAUGACACAAAUUUUGCAGCACUAGGCGAACACUAAGCAGAUCCAACAGAACAAGGAUUAUUUCUCCACUGAUCAAACUGAACAACACAUAGUACAGCAAAAAUAAAGGUCAUAUUAUGAAGAGAUGAUGAUGAAUGUUGUCUUACCUGUGCUGUUUUCUGAUCAAAAGCUGAAUGACGCUUCUAUUAUUGGCUAAUCCACUGGUUUGUGUUACAUAGAAAUGAGUCAAACUGAAACAAAUGGCCCAGGGUUUAAAAGGUCUCAUAUACAUGGACUUUAUAAGGUACUAGUGUUGUUUUUCUUUUACCCCUUUUUUUCAUCUUUUGUCGAAAUUGUUAACUAUGUAUGUAAGGAAAUAAACUGAGAAUCAAAAUCUUCAGUUUCUCUUACAAACAACAAAUAUACAAACUUUUGGUUGAGCAGUUUUUACUGCUGUAAAAAAUAGUCAAAGGUAAUUUUAGAUCAGGAUAGAGGAUUCUGUUGGUAUCUGUGAACUGGUUUAUUAAGAUUCUUGUCUUGGCCUGCUCUGAAUGUAAAAUGUCAUGAGAUAAAUUUUGUUAAGAUUUGGCACAAUAUAAAUAAAAUUUGAUUGACUGAUCUAUCAUUUUCUGAUGCUCAGUAAAGGUUUUUAGCCAGUUACAGUUAGCACACAAUAUUCACAUCGCAAUUAUCUGAAAUAGAAUCAUGAUAAUUAUCUACAUUCGCUUAUAUAAAAAAUGUAAUGUUUUAUAAUUAUUCCCGCAUUGUUUGGUC